UCACAUUUAUGCAUACCAACCUUCUAGCCAAUAUGGUUGAGUAUCAUUUUGAAGCUGAAAGAAGUGAGAAGUUGAUUCGAUUGUAAACGUUUAAUACUGAGAAUGCAUAGUUGCAGCUUUUAAAAAUUAAUCUCUUAAAUGAUGGCUGGGUUGGAAAGUUAUGAAAGUGUAUACCGCAGGAAUGUCGUUAGAUCUCAGGAAUCUGAAAGUAAUUUUCUACAUACUUACCAUGGACAAGAUGUUAUUCGCCCUUCCGACGUUGUUAUGCAUCCUCUAGGCGAAGACAAUCCUCCUUCUGAGGCAGAUUUCAAUCUAAAGUAUAAGUAUAAGUAUAUGAUUGCGGGUUGUGGAUUAGCAGCCUUGAUUACAGAAACCUUGUUACUUCAUCCUCUUAUUGUUCUAAGGAGGCAAUGUCAAGUAAAUCCUGGGUUGAGCAAAUAUCACAUAAUUCCGAUCACAUUGGUACCUGUAGUUAUACGUCUGCAUCAAACUCAGGGAAUAAAUACAUUAUGGAAAGGAAUUGGAUCAGUGCUGCUUGUAAAAGGGAUGAUGUUAGCAAUUGAAGACUUCAUUUCUAAAAUAACACCAUGGCCAAAGGAAAUAACAUGCAAUAGUUCACUGAGAGCAUUUGGGCAACAUCUCCUUCUUAAAUGUGUUUCCAUAGGUCUAGUAACACCAUUUUACUCUGCAUCGUUAGUAGAAACAGUACAAUCUGAAAUUACGUCUGAUAGUCCUGGAAUAUUGGAUGUUUUCCGAGAUGGUGCAAUUCGCUUAGUUGAAGUGAACAGUAAAGGCAGAUUAAUUCCCAUUUAUUCUCUUCUGCCAUCGACCAUAUCUUAUGGAGUAUCUAAAUAUCUUUUUACUCUAGCUGUUCAAGGAGUUACCAGCCGCAUUAUGCAUAUUAGGCAAAAACAAUCUCAGGAGUUAAGGGGUGCAUAUAGCAGAAACCUGUUGUCAGAAACAGUUGCACAAGAUAUAGAGUUACAGUCAUCAUUAAUUUCCGCGUUUAUGGCAGAAGUAUUGUUUUAUCCUUGGGAAACAGUGCUUCACAGACUUCAUCUUCAGGGCACACGAACUAUUAUUGACAAUUUGGAUACAGGGCGUAGUGUAACACCAAUACUCACUGGAUAUAGCAGUGCAAGUGACUGUUACAGUACAAUCAUAUCCACCGAAGGUCCGCUUGGUUUAUAUAAAGGAUUUGGUGCUCUUAUUUUGGAAUUUACCUUAAAUGUUGCAAUAGUGCGAAUUGCUAAAUGGAUUUUGAUAGAAGUACAAACGAUGUUACAACCGAAACCAAAAUCAAGACAAAAUCCGCCAAAUUGGUAUUAUGAAGAAAUCUAAAAGAGCAUUAACAUUUGAAGGUGACAUAUUUGCAACAUCUGCUAAAUUUGCAGCACGCCUUCCUGGACUUUCAGAAGAUGGUGAUG